CGCGCCAGGUGCCAUCAAGUGCUCAUCCUAUCGGAAGCUUUACGUUGGGAAAAUAGCGGCAUUUCAGCGGAUUUUAUGAGGAUAUUGCCCUUUUUAGCCCAGGAUUCUUGGAGGGAAUAUAGCUGUGGUCAAAGACUAAAGCACACAGUAAUACAUUCAAGAUGACGGACGAGGACCUUCUGUUUGAUGAUGUCUAUGAACUCUGUGAAAUCAUUGGAAAGGGGCCGUUCAGUGAGGUAAGGCGAUGCAUCCAUCGGGAGACCAACCAACAGUUUGCCGUGAAGAUCGUGGAUGUGGCCAAGUUCACCUCCAGUCCCGGGCUCAGCACAGAAGAUCUGAAGAGAGAGGCCAGUAUAUGCCACAUGCUGAAGCACCCCCACAUCGUGGAGUUACUGGAAACCUACAGCUCAGAUGGGCUGCUCUACAUGGUCUUUGAAUAUAUGGAAGGCGCCGAUCUGUGCUUUGAGAUUGUGAAACGUGCCAACUCGGGAUUCAUCUACAGUGAGGCCGUUGCCAGCCACUACUUGCGUCAGAUCCUGGAAGCUCUACGUUACUGCCAUGACAAUGACAUCAUUCACAGAGACAUCAAGCCCCAUUGUGUGUUGCUGGCUACCAAGGAGAAUUGCCCGGUCAAGCUGGGAGGAUUCGGCAUCGCCAUCCAGCUGCCUGAAUCGCACCUCAUUGCCGGAGGUCGCAUCGGCACGCCCCACUUCAUGGCCCCCGAGGUAGUCAAGCGAGAACCCUACGGCAAACCCAUCGACAUCUGGGGCUGCGGGGUCAUGACCUUCAUCCUCCUCAGCGGUUCCCUGCCGUUCUUUGGGACCAAGGAGCACCUGUUUGACAUGAUUGUCAAGGGCAGAUACUACAUGAAGCCCAGACAGUGGGACCACAUCUCAGAACCGGCCAAGGACCUGAUCCGACGGAUGCUGCGCGUGGACCCCAAGGAUCGCAUCACGGUGGAGCAGGCCCUUAGCCAUCCAUGGCUCAUAGAUAGAGAUCGAGUGACGCCCAAGGUUCAUCUGCAAGAAUCGGUGGAGGAACUGAAGAGGUUCAACUCUCGGCGUAAACUCAAGGGUGCCGUUUUAGCAGCAGUGGCCAGCGCCAAGUUCACCAGUUUCUACAGCGAUCCCAACACCAAACACAUCACAGACUUUGCGGACGAAGACCCAACAUCAUCAGGUGCCGUUGCCCAGGUCCUGGACAGUCUGGAGGAGAUCCAGUGCCUGACAGACUGCGACGAGAAAGAUCUGGACUUCCUGCACGGAAUCUUUGAGGACAACCAGCUCCACUCUCUACUCAACCUCUACGACAAGAUCAACACCAAGUCCAGCGAGCAGAUGCCUAACAAGAAGGACAUCCCUUCAGACAGCGUCCAGAGAUCCAAAGACAUAUUGGAGUUGCUACAGAGGAGCCCUCAAGACAGCCAAGAAAGCUAUGAACUCCAGGCUAUCCUCGCAGAACCGCACUUCAGGGCAUUGCUACAAGCGCACGACGUGGUCGCCCACGAGGUCUACAGCGAUGCGGCCAUCCGCGUGACUCCUCCCCCGACGUCGCCUUUCCUGAACGGCCGCGAGGAGAUGCAGUCCCCCAACGGGGACGUGGAGCCCAUGGACUCCGUCACCCGGGUCCGACUGGUGCAGUUCCAGAAAAACUCGGACGAGCCUCUGGGCAUCACCCUGAAGAUGAACGACGACCGCCGGUGUAUCGUGGCCCGCAUCAUGCACGGCGGCAUGAUCCACCGGCAGGCCACGCUACACGUCGGCGACGAGAUCCGUGAGAUCAACAACGUCUCGGUGGCCAACCAGACCGUGGAGAACCUGCAGCGGAUGCUUAGAGAGCUCCGCGGGAGCAUCACGUUCAAGAUCGUGCCCAGCUACAGAAACGCACCCCAGCCUUGUGAGAUUUACGUGCGAGCCCAGUUUGAGUAUGACCCAGGUCAGGACGACCUGAUCCCCUGCCAGCAAGCCGGCAUGAGCUUCCGGUGCGGCGACAUCCUACAGAUCAUCAGCAAAGACGACCACAACUGGUGGCAGGCCCGGAAGGAAGGGGAACCGCUCAACGGGACAGCGGGACUGAUCCCAUCACCGGAGCUACAAGAAUGGAGAGUAGCCUGUUUAGCCAUUGAGAGAGCCAAGAAGGAGCAGCAGGCAUCGUGUACGUGGUUCGGUCGACGGAAGAAACAGUACCGAGACAAGUACCUCGCCAAGCACAACGCGGUGUUUGAUCAACUUGAUCUGGUUACAUAUGAGGAGGUGGUCCGCUUGCCUGCCUUCAUGAGGAAAACACUCGUACUUCUCGGUGCCCACGGUGUAGGUAGGAGACACAUCAAGAACACGUUAAUCACAAGUCAUCCAGACAAGUACGCCUACCCCAUCCCACACACGACACGGCCAUGCAAGAAAGACGAAGAGAACGGCAAGAAUUACUACUUUGUCUCCCACGAGGAAAUGAUGACGGACAUCGCGACCAAUAAGUACCUGGAGUACGGCACCCACGAGGACGCCAUGUACGGCACCAAGCUGGACACCAUACGCAAGAUCCACACGCAAGGACUGAUCGCAAUCUUAGAUGUUGAGCCCCAGGCACUGAAAGUGCUCCGCUGUGCCGAGUUUGCCCCGUUUGUGGUCUUCAUUGCUGCGCCUACCAUCACCGGAAUGAACGACAUGCACGACAACGGUCUGGAGAGGCUAGGCAAAGAGUCGGAGCUCCUGCGCCAGGCCUACGGUCACUUCUUCGACCUGACCAUCGUCAACAACGACAUCGAGGAGACCAUCCGCACGCUGGAGCAAGCCAUGGAGGAGAUCUGCACCACGCCGCAGUGGGUACCGGUCAGUUGGGUUUACUGACAAUGAAAGAACCACCAUUGGGUUUUACCGGCCACAAUGGGACAGCGAUUCCGGUCAGACGUGAAAUCAAACGCUGGUUGUAGAUUUAAAAAGGAAAAAAACAACAAAAACGUACGACCGGCUGUGAUUCACCAUUGAAAUCAUUUAGUGGGAGGUCGUUGGCGUGGCAGCGGGUCACGCAACAGCAACGACCUCAGCCAGUCAUCACGACAAAUGGGUGGCUCAGUUGCUGUUUGCGAUGCGUUAUCUCUAGCCAAAGAUCUUGCAUAAUAAUUUAGAUGGUGAAUCUGCUCCUGGUUUUUUUUUUCAAUUGGCGUUUUUAUACUCCUAUGUUAACCUUCACUGAACUCACAGGGGUAGAAAAAGAAUCUUAUCGAGUAAUUUUUUGGGCAUAACGGAAUUUUUUUUUCCUAGCAGCUAUCCAAAUCAUUCGUUGCUUUUUGCUAAUUAUAUGUUGGCCGAGAUUUGUGGAACAGGUUUUUUUCAGGAAUUUUGGAACCACAAGAAGUGUAUAAAACAGCAUGGAGGAAUGUAUGGUCAUUAAAAAGCAAGGAAAUAAAAUGUUUUCGGAUGAACUCAAAAGUCGAGGCUUUUUUUAGUGUCUUGACAUCGCAGUUUAUGGAUUUUCGAAUCAUGACUAUAAAUCUCAACUGCAUUUAAUGUCUGCAAAGGUUUGAUGAAAAGAGAGUUGUUUCAUCACAUGCUCUCUGACUGUGUAUUGCCAUGACUGUUUUUCAGUAAUAUAUCUUUUUGUAACAGUAGAUAAAAUUUGUUAAAAAUAUGAAGUGGUCAAUAAGUGAAAGAAAAAUAAAUAUAUUUGAAAAUGAGCAUUCAACUUUUUCUUUCACCUUGGAAUUUUUUUUGGGGGGGGGGGGUGGGAGGCAUGUAUGUAUUUGUAUUAAUUUUUUUUUUUUGUGCUGCAUUGUUUUAAAUUUCUUUAUAACCUAACUCCGUUAUUUUCCUCAUUUUGUAAAGUAUCGCUUAUUGCCAUAAUAAAAUCAGAAAUUCUUAGAACUUGCGUUUUUCGUUACGAUUUUUUGUGUACAUAUUCAGAUCGAUUGGAGCGAUAAUCAGCAUUGCCGUCUUAUGAAAAAGAAAAAGUUGGAAAGCAUUUUUCUUAUUUUAAAAAGUGUAAAAUUUGAGCUGAGUUGAUGAGAAACGCAUUUUUGUGCUAACUAUUCAGAAAAGAAAGAAUGAAGGUUUUUUUAUCAUUGCAAGAGACAAUUUUUUUUUUUUUUUUUUUAGUUUUUUUUUUAGUUUUUUUUUUGAAUUUUUUUUUUUUUUUUUAAAUUGGCUCCAUCGCAUCUCCGCGGGGAAAUUGCUGAUCUUUGUUUCGUUGCUGGUAAAGCAGUUAUAUGCAAUAUGAUCUACACGUGUGCAUGGUGUGUGCUCGCAAAACCGCCUGGAGUGGAAUCGAAUCUUAGCUGACACGGCCGAGUCGCGCUCCAUAACGAGGAAAAUAAAUUGCGUUAUUAGAUAAUAAA